UUAAAAGAUUUGUAAAUGUGUAAAACAAUGCCACUCUCCUAUUUUUUUAAAAAAUGUAGUUCUUUUCAUAAAAUGUGUCAUUAAUGUUAAUAUGUAAUGGGCUUAUUAUUUUUCCAUUUAAAUAAAUUAAUAAAUAUUUUAAAACUUCUUUAGUUUUAAUUUCUAAUAAGGAAUAUUGAUGGAUAUAAAUCACAUAAGUAAAAGAUAUUUGUGGUCCUAAGUAUUUUUUAUGAGUGUAUAGGUGUCCUAAGACCAAAAAGUUUGACAACUGCUGUCCUAAGAUUAAAUGUAGUCUAAGCCAGCAACCAUUGUGACAUCAGCUCCAGGUCAAUGAUCACAUACGAAGGAUUCCAUGCAGUUGACCACAGAACUCUCUAGUUGGGCUUUCCUGUAAGAAAAUAACCACCAAAGACUGCCUACUGUUGCCUUCAAUGGUCUCCAUAUUGAAAUCUACCAGUUGGCAUUCUAGUUACCAGCAAGGACAACCAGCAAAUUGUAAGGAAAAGGCUAUUUCAUUCUGACAUUGCUUCUUUCUGUGAUCCUGAUCAGGUUUUCUGACACCUUGCUUCUUGUUUCAUUAUGAAAGAUGUACAAACUUCAACCCAAGAGAAUAAAAUCGGCUGCUGGCCAGAUGUGGACUUCAAAUGUCUCUAAAAUCAGAAAAACUCUUAAAAAUGUUUACCAUAAAUGCAAGAUCCAGCACCCAUAUUCAACUAGAUAUCCAAGUAUGGCUUCCUACGAUUGUGCUCAAGAUGACAUUAGCAUUGAUGAAGAAAUGAAUGUUAGAGCAAUGCUCCAAGAUAUUAAAACUUCCCAAAUUGAACUCCUCAGCCAAAUGACUGACACUGUCACUUCAGUAACAAAAAUCCAGAAAAAGAAUGACCUUUAUCAGAAGCAAAUGGAGGCACUGGAAACCAGAGUGAAUGUUAACAAAGACAAACAAUGCACAAUAAUUAACAAUAUCUUCUCUAUGAAAGAAGACAUGGAUGACUUAAAGAAGAAGAUGAUGACACUGGGAAACCACAGUUCUUGCUCCAGCAUACAUCGUUUAGAGGUCCUAGGGGGAGAAAAGGAUGAAGAAAUCAUAGAAUUGCUUCAGAAACUCAUACAAUCAGAAACUCUGAAGAAAACCUCAGUCUCUUCAGAAUCUAGAAUCUCUUCAACAACACCAGAGGAAGUCCCCAAUUACCCAGGCCCCACUAGUCAUCUUAAAGGAAAAGCAAUUUCUCCCCAAAAUAAAACUCUGAAGAAAAGUAACCAUCCAAACACAUCAAGAAGCUGUCAAAAAGCAAAGUCAAAUAUUUAUAUUUACCCAGACUUCAGUACAUGGAUCAAGCUAACUUUUGUCCAUGGAGGAAAGUGGAGAUUUUUCCUUAGUGCCACCAAACUGGAGGAGUUCAUCCAGUGGCUUCUUUCUAGGCCAACUGUCCUUCCUGAGGAACCACAGCUCAUUACCCAGAAAUACUGCCCGUUUACUGGGCCUAUUGCAAGCUUGACCACAGUCUGUCUCUCUGUUUUCAACUAUGUUUACUGCCUCUUUGGUUCCUCAAAAGAGGAAGUAACUCGACUGUAGAGUUUCAUGGCUGUGCUUGACACAAAAUAAAAACAACCUGGUCGCUGCAAGUAGUCAUUCAUCUUUGUGGUGGCUGUGAACUCCUUGGUGGAUCGCUUAUCGUAGGCUCACUUUCAGUAAGUUUCUAUAAACGUACUGUAAGUUAAGGCCUAUCAUUCCAUUGGACUA